GGCUAGAGUGAUUACUUUGGUUUUGGUUUUAUGACACUCAAUUGAAAACUGCUCUAGUGCAACCUGAUCUUGAAUCAUAACUCCUGAUCCGGAUCUUCCCAAAGCAAUGCACUAACAAUGCUCUUAGUGAGGAUGGAAACUUUAUAGAUACAUUGCUAAGUGAACAUAUACGACGUUUUGUUAGGCAUUUUUAAGGGAGGGCCGUCAGUCGCGUUGGAAUUCACACCCGGACAUGACCAAACAAUACAUGAGUUGCAUGGCUGAGAAACUCAAAGCUCACCCGGACCUCAACAUCACUGAUCCUGCCAUUUACCUGGAUGUGUGGCGCUCCAUGAACAGGCGUUUCCAACAGCGAAUGGUAGAUCCUAACGUGGACAUGGUCACGGCUCCCUGGUCGCCAUUUAAACAGACACCUUGGAUUCAACCUUUGCUGACAGAGCUGUCCCCGUGGCGCGAGAAAAUGGUCCAAAUCAGGAAGGACCUGAAAGAGAAGUCCAACUUUAGUUCCAUCACAUUUGUGGCUGAUUUUCCGGGGCUUUUCUUGGAAAACUUUGUGGCUGAAGAACUUAACGCAUCUUUGACCUUGUUACACGGUCAAGUGAAGGUGGAGUUUAACAACGCGAACCACACUGUAGAGGUAGGUCAAGAGAUUUCCAUUCCAUCUAAUGACACGCACCUGGUGUACACAGUGUCUGACACGCCUUCAUGUUGGAUGUACGUGUUCUUUAACGUCACCCAAUGGAACAACGAGACCAUCAGAAACUGGAUUCUGCAUCCGGAAACGUACCCUUUGAGUCAGGAAAAAAUGUCUCGCCAAAACCGAACCGCUUUAGAAAAUGUUCAGUUAUUCGCUUUGGAGAAGUACUUCAUAUUUCGUCAGACUUUUGUCAACACAUAUUACGCGCUGACCCAUUUGAUUCUUGGGAUUGAACAACCAUACGAAGACGAGGAGGAUGAUGGGAAUUCCGCAGAGCAGGAGACUGGUGACGAAGCAAAUCAGAGAGCGGAUGAUGUAGACACCUCACCGAGUGACGACCCAGGUCACGUGCAAGGAAGUGGGGAAACACGUGAUCAAGAAACUGACCAAGAGGCUAAUGCACAAGUAAAAGAGCGCGAAAAACAAGAACUGUGAAACGUUCGUGCUCGUUGCCUGUCGCGAAAUCUAACCGAGGGACCGACCGAUUAACUGAACUUAGCAAACGCUGAAAUUAAAAUGUUCGUUGCUUUCUCGUUGAACUUAAAAUCAUUAAAGCGCUUAAUAGCUAUACGGUAAAAUUUAAAACAAAAAAUAACAAAAAACAGAAAAUGGAGCGGUUUUCACUUGAGUGUCGAAAAGUAAUUGGUUUUACAUCGCUACCUUAAACGAUUGAUUAAAAAAAAUUCACGCUCCUCUUUCAUCUAAUCAGAAGUAAAACAAAAAACAAUUGUGACUCCUCGCAUACGUUUUCCCGCGCUUCGCACUCAACAUUCGAUUGGUUCACUUGAUAGUAAGUCCAUUGUGAUUGGCCGGAGUGAUUUCUUUGGUUUUCGUUUUAAGCACUCGAUUGAAACUGCUCUAAAGAAACAGGUUAAUAGAGAGGGAAAGAAUGAAGUUUACGGCGACUGUCACAAAUAACUUUUCGUCGUCUUUCUGGAGCGGUUUGAAAACUAAAGUGAGGCUAUCUGCAUUUACAGUGAAGAAGAGAUUUUUCCUAUUUUAUGUUAGAAUGUCAGAAUCAUUCAAGGGUUAGGGGAGAAUAGGACAAAACCCGAGGCAAUUUUUACUCUUUGCCGUAAAAGUAACUCUGAAAUGUCUGAAUCACCCAAGAUCUUGUGAUAGUUAUUUAAAACAAUAUUUAUUUGGUGAAGGUUUGCUUUUAACUUGAAGUUUGAGGGGAAAAAAGUCAAGAGUCGUGUUGAUUUCGCUUUACUUGAGUGAACACGAACAGAAAUUCGCUUGUGAUAAAAUAAAUUGUUUUUCACUCUGCA